AUACAAUUUCCCGACAAAUUAAAUUAGAGGAAUAAAAUAAUUAUAAUAAAUACAUAAAGGUUUAUGUUAAGCUCAUAUUUUACAAAAUGUACAAAUCUCAAUUUGUUGGCCUGGAUGAUAAACCAUGUGAAACAAAGUGUUUGUUGUGCAACUGCACUUUUGUUUUACCAACAAAUGAAAAUGAUUUUCUGACACAUCUAUAUGUGACGCAUCGUCUUAUUAUAGGAGAUAUUUGGAAAAUAGCUAGUUUGAAGAGUUAUAUACACUAUUGGAGUAUAAAAUUUAAAGAAGCACCAUUAACAACUUAUUGUACUAUGUUGUUAAUGGAUUGUACACCAGAUGGCAAGCCAAGUAAAAAUGAAUAUUACUUUUUGCUUUCUGAUUGUUUAUUAGAAGACAAAACUUUGAGAUAUGAAAUACACCAAGCUAAACUAGAAUGGGCAUUAGCACAACAAGAAGCUGAACGUGUAGAUACAAGUUUUAAGCGUGGUUGCAUGUUCUGUCGUAUGGAAUUUUGUGGAUCACGCGCUGUUUAUAUAAAACAUCUAUAUCAAAAGCAUAAUAUUCAUUUUGGCAAAUCAGAAAAUUUAGUAUUUAUCGAUGAGCUUCUGGAUAAAAUUCAAAGUACUAUUGAGAGCUUAAUAUGUAUUUACUGCGAAAAAACAUUUAAGGAUCGUUUAGUACUGAAGGAACACAUGCGAAAAAAAUUCCACAAGAGUAUAAAUCCUAAUAAUAAAACAUAUGAUAAAUUUUAUAUAAUCAAUUACUUGGAGCCAGAAAGGACUUGGAAGCAAAGACAGAAUAAUCAAGAAGCAAAAAAUAGUCAAACUCUGGAAGGUGUUAACAGUGAAAAUGAAGAUGAAGAAGGUUCAUGGUCCGACUGGAAUGAUGAAUCUGUUGCGAUAACAUGUUUAUUUUGUAAUUAUAGCAAUAACGAAUUAGUAUACAUCUUGAAACAUAUGAAAGAAGAAUAUAAUUUUGAUUUUGAAGAGACAGUCAAAGACUUGACCUUUUACCAAAAGGUAAAAGUGGUUAAUUAUAUAAAAAAACAACUUCAACUACAACAAUGUAUUUUUUGUGAAACAAAAAUAGAUAAUAUUUUGGAGCAUAUGAAAAAUGAACAACACUAUAAAAUCCCUGAAACAAAAGUCUGGGAUCAACCUCAGUAUUAUUUUCCUAUGUCCGAAAAUGACUCAUUUUUAUACAAUCUUGAUGCAAUUAGUGAUAGUGAUGAGGAAAGCGACAUUGAGAAUCUCAAUAAAACAACGUCCAAUCUGUCUUUCUCAUCUGAAUUUCCCAUUCAAAGUUUUACAAGUUAACUGUGAUCUCAUUUUAUGUCGAAUUAUAGCAAACAUUGAAGUCUUCUUAUAUUUUUACUCUGUUAAUAAAUAUUAAACUUAGUUGUAUUUGUCGAGUUUGUCUAUUUCAUGAUGUAUUUUCUAAUUUUAUCAAAUAUCACAAACG